GCCGCCCAGCGAGAAGGCAUGAAGCCACAGCCUGUCUCUCUGGAAAUAAAAAACCCAGUGUGACAGGCUAUGCUGAGAAAAGACAUUCGGAAUUUGGGAUGUUUUAUGGACUCUGAAGCGAAGGAGUUUUCUCUUUGUCUACAUCUAUGUAGGACGUGGCGUCUGCGACUGCAUUAAAAUAACCUAAAUUGGGUUCAAAGGAAACGUGCUUUUCUUAAAAAAAAAAAAAUACGUGCAAAGACAACAGCAGCAACCCGGACUAAUCUUUUGAAACAGGAAUGGUUUAUCCUCCCGAAGGUUUAUUCUACAUCGAAAUGGAUCAAGCACCACCAGCUCUCCCUCCCAGGUCAACAAAGCCAGUGUCCUCCACCAUGAACAACAACUGCCUUUUGCCACCUGUGCAUUCGCUACAGGACGCUGAAUGGUACUGGGGAGACAUAACCAGGGACGAGGUGAACGAGAAGCUCCGAGACACACCCGAUGGCUCCUUCAUGGUGCGGGACGCAUCCACAAAGCUGCAAGGAGACUUUACGCUGACGUUAAGGAAAGACGGGCACAAUAAGCUGAUCAAGAUUUACCACCGUGACGGGAAGUACGGCUUCUCGGACCCCCUCACAUUCACUUCAGUGGUGGAGCUCAUUUGGCAUUAUCAGCACCAUCCGUUGGUGGAAUACAACGCCACACUGGACCUAAUGCUCACCCAUCCUGUGUCCCGUUUCCAGCAGGUGAAAGAGGACAGUGUUGAUGUCGCUGGAAGAAAGCUUAAGGAGGUUCACAGUCAGUACCAAGAGAAGACAAAGGAGUUUGAUCGUCUUUAUGAAGCUUUCACAAAGACCUCACAGGAGAUCCAGAUGAAGCGAACGGCAAUUGAGGCCUUUAAUGAGACGAUGCUGAUCUUCGAGGAGCAGUGUCGUGAACAGGAGCGUUAUGGAGAGGAGUUUGAGAGGAACAAUCAGUCUGAGGGAGCCGAAAAAGAUCUGGAGAGCUUUCUGAUAAAUUACGAGAAGCUGAAGUGUCGUCUUGGGGAGAUCUACGACAGCAAAAUCCAUCUGGAGGAAGACUUGAGAACGCAGGUGGAGGAUUACAGAGAGACGGACAGGAAGAUGAACAGCUUGCGGCCUGACCUCAUCCAGCUACGCAACAUCAGAGACCAGUAUCUCAACUGGCUUAAUCACAAAGGCGUGCGGCAGAAGCGCAUAAAUGACUGGCUGGGGACGCAGAGUGACAGCCUUGAUGACACCUAUGUGUUGAAGGGAGAUGAGAAGAAUUUGCCGCAUCAGGAUGAGACGAAUUGGUUUGUUGGUGAACUGAGUCGGACGCAGGCCGAGGAGAUGCUGCAAGGUAAAGCUCCUGGAACAUUCCUGAUCCGCGAGAGCAGCAAACAGGGAUGCUACGCCUGCUCCGUCGUCGUGAACGAAGAAGUGAAGCAUUGUAUGAUCUACAGCACACCGCACGGAUACGGCUUCGCCGAGCCAUACGACGUCCACUGCUCCCUGAAAGACCUUGUCCUGCACUAUCGCCUGCACUCCUUAGCGCAACACAAUGACGCCCUGGAUGUUCGGCUGUCACAUCCAGUACACGCCAAAGCUGCAGCCACGCCUUCUCAACACGCAGAGGAACACAAACUCUUACAGACUCCAAAACACACAGCAGGGCUCCCUCCUGCCGCUCCAGAGAUGUAAUCCAGCGAGAGAGACAAAAGGACAUGUUUACUGUAUCCUGCGAGAAUGACUGCAUCGAGGUGCAAUGUGUAAAGUUUUGCACUACAGUGAUUCCAUCGGUUUUUGUGAACGGGAUUUCACAGAUUGAAGUGGGACCGGAACUUGAAUGUCAGCUUGAACUUCUUCUUUUUUUUUUUUUCAAAGUGACUGUUUCAGCUUUUAAUAUUUUUUUGUACUUCAUUUAUUGCCAUUUGUUUAAUGGACACCUUUCAGUAGGGAUGUUGACAACCAGAAAAUUGCUCACUGGCAUCGGGUGCCGCACCUUUGUUUGACUUUUUCCAACCAGAGUCGAUGUUGCUAAAGAUGUCCAUUUCCCUAAAAUUUGACCAAUAGGUUAGAAUAUAUAUUUGAUUACUAUGGAGUUGUAUUUGUUCCUCAUUCCUUAGCACAUGAUGGCACAUUCUGAGCAGAGAAAGGGAUUUCUUGGUAGCGCCAUAAAUUAUAUAUUUCAAGAAUUUUUUUUGAGUGCAUUUGUGCUUUAUUUUGAUAGGGACAGCUUAAGAGAGACAGGAAAGGCAGGGGAACGAGAGUGAAACCUAUUUACCCUGCAAAGAAAAUUUUAAUCUGAGGAAGAAAAAGAGUUUUAACCUCAUUUAUCUGUUUGCUAAUAUCCACAUAAGCGCACAAUGAUAACCUCUUCCACUCUAUUUUACCCAUUUGCCCUCUCUCAAUGUACAAAUUGAAAUAAAUGCAAAUUUAACAUAUUUUUGUUAGAUUUAGUUGGACAGAGGGUGUUACUUCUCAUUUCAAAAGAAUACCCUGAGGUGGCUUGUAAGAAUUAGACAAUUAUGUCAACUAGCUAUAUAAAUAUUAGACUUAACAGGCACUUGUGCUACUGAGUGGGAAGAAAAUAGAGGCACAGUUUAAGUUCUAUUUUUUUUAACCUACCUUAAUGAUUCGAAUGUCCUAGCUACUGCAUAUAUGUGAACCCCCAAGAUAGCUAGGCUGCAAGCUAAUAAAGUAUAGAGUAAUUUACAAACAGAAUUUAAUUAAAAAAAUAAAGAAUACUACUACAAGCAAUCAGAUUGGAGACAAUCAGAAAUUACAGACUCUGAUUGUCUGGCAUUGUAGCUCACUGUAACACUAAAUGUCCCAUUGUGCGCUCAGGAAUGGGGCACAAAUAUAACUCCUGAAGUUACUGCUAUGUAGUGUAUUUGUGAGGAGGAAAAUGGUUCUGUGUACAGGCUGUUUCCGUCAUCAGUUCGGUGGACCAAACCAUUUUUGGGUAAAUACCACGUGUGAAUAUGUGAAAAGUCGUGGUGCAGCUUGACAGUUUGCCCCUUUCUUAACAGACAUUCAUAUACAGUGGAUAAUUAUGUAGCAUUAACAUCCUGUAGAAUACCAUUGUAUGAGCAUACGCAAUGUUAAACCCAUUGACCAGAGCACUUAAUAGUGAGCGAAACUACAUCCCUGUUAAGUCCGGUAAUUGCAUUUGGGCAAGGGUAGGGCAAUUUAUGUACACCUGCUGAUGUGCUGAUCAAAACAUAAUCUGAAGUACUGUAUGUUAUAUUCUGUUACUCAAAGAAGUAUAAGCUUUUUGUAUUCUAUAUAUAUUUUUUCUAUAAACAUGCCACAAGAUGAAAGCUUGAAGAAAGUGCAAUCCAACAGUAUUUCUAUUGUUGCAAUGUAUGACGACGAUGAUGAUGGUGGUGAAGGUAAUGCUGUUAUGAGAGGUUGACAUUUGCCACAAAAAUGCACUCUCUUUGGUGGUGUCGGUAUGAUGUGGCCUCCGAUGUUUGUGUGAACUGCCAGAGGUCCGGAAGUAUCCUGCCUCCAUUACUUGAACUGUGGCAUUGCUCGAGCUAUGAAUGUUUUUCAUGACAUGCCGCCUACAUAGCUUAAGAGGAAAGGAAUCCAUGUUGAACUUGGCACAUUUUUCAAGUUUGAGGACAAUAGAUACUCUGUACAGAGAAACUGUAAAAUGUAUUUCUGAGGUUGGUUUAUGGAAGGAGGGUGAUUAAGCCUCUUAUAAAAAUAUAACUCCACUGGGGGAUUCAGGAAACUCCUCGGGUGAAGCUAAGCAAUGUGAGAUCCUGACCUUUUUCUUGCUGAAAGACAAUAAACUGAUGAGGGUUUUGUCAA